CCCGCGGCUGCUCUGGGGCAGGACAGCCAUGUCCACGGGCAAGAUCUGCUGCCUGGUGCUGCUGGCCCUGGCCGUGCUGGCGGGGGCCGUGACGCUCGUGGUCAUCCUGAGCCAGCCCCGGUGCGCUGCCCAGCAGUACCGGCACGGCGCCGUGGCUGCCGACACCGAGACAUGCUCCCUCAUGGGCCGGGACAUCCUGAAAAGUGGAGGCUCAGCUGUGGAUGCUGCCAUUGCAGCCUUGAUCUGCACUUCAGUGAUGAACCCCCAGAGCUCAGGCCUGGGUGGUGGGGUCGUUUUUACCAUCUAUAAUGCCAGCACAGGGACAGUGGAGGUGAUCAACGCCCGUGAGACAGCCCCAGGAGUGUUUCCUCUCAACCUCUUGUCUGGCUGUGGUGUUGGCUUCCCCAUUGGCCCCCGCUGGAUUGGUGUCCCUGGAGAGCUCCGGGGCUAUGAGGAAGCCCACAAGCGCCACGGCCGCCUGCCAUGGAAAGCCCUGUUUGAGCCAACCAUCAAGCUGCUUUCAGAGCCACUGGUCAUUUCUCCAGUUCUGGAAAAAAUUCUCCGUCACCCAGCCUUCUCUGGACCAGGGAAAAGCCUGUGCCCGCUGCUGUGUGCUGGUGGCAGAUUCCUGAGUCUCGGCGACUCAUUCCGGUGGCCAGCGCUGCAGCGAACGCUGCGAGCCGUGGCGGAACAGGGAGCUGCUGCGUUCUAUGAGGGAGAGAUUGGGAGGGCCCUGGUGGAGGACAUCAGCAAGGCUGGGUCCAGUCUCUCACUGGAGGAUCUUCGGGCGUACAAAGCACAGGUGUCCUCAGCUCUGAACAUCACCCUGAACAACCACACCAAAGUGUUUGCUCCAGGACCACCCAUGGGAGGUGCAGUGCUCAUGUUCAUCCUCAAGGUAUUGGAAGAGUAUAAAUUCCAUAAAGCAUCACUGGCAACACCUGAGGAGAAGGUAGAAACCUAUCACUACAUUGCAGAGGCCCUGAAGUUUGGCAACAUGCUGAGACCCCACAUGAGUGACCCAGCCUUCUCUGAAGCCCAGGUGCCUGUGGAGACCCUGCUGUCUGAGCAGUUUGCCGAGUCUGCCAGGCAGAGGAUAGAUGCUCGUGGUGACCACCAGCUGAGCCACUACAGCCUGCUGGAGCCCCUGCUCUGGGAGCAGCACAGGAGCAAGGGCACGAGCCACAUCUCCGUGCUGGCUGCAGACGGCAGCGCCGUGUCGGCCACCAGCACCAUCAACUACCCGUUUGGCUCCCUUGUGUAUUCCGACCAAACUGGGAUCAUUUUAAAUAAUGAACUUGCUGACUUCUGCAUAGCAAACAGAAGCAUUAAACCAGGAGAGAAGCCUCCCUCAGCAAUGGUGCCUUCCAUCCUCCUCUCCAAGUCAGGGGACAUGCUGGUGAUUGGAGGAGCUGGGGGGAGCUGGAUUAUCAGUGCCACCACCAUGGCAAUUAUAAACAAGCUGUGGUUUGGUUAUGACUUGGAACACGCCAUUUCAGCUCCUGUCAUGCACACCCAGAGGGACAGUGUCCUGUUUGAGGACUCUUUCAGCCAGGAGGUUAAGACUGGCCUGCUGGGAAGAGGGCAUAAAGAGAAGGAAGAUAAACUUGCAAUGAAUGUUGUACAGGGAAUUUCCAAGGAAGGAAAGUGCAUCUCUGCUUACUCUGAUAAAAGGAAGCUGGGGAAGUCGGCUGGGUAUUAGUGUGAAAUGGCAUCACCAUCCACAAAGCCACAGGAGAUCCAGAACAUGCUUUGCUUGGAUUUGCCCAUAUUUUCCAUCAGGAUGUCUCCUGGAGCAUGGGCACAGCCUGGGAUUGCUUGCAGAUCACCCCAGGCAAUACAAGGAGAGGUCAGCCAGCCUUGUUUAGAGCUACACCUUUCAUUAUGUGAUGCACAGAGAACACAUUUCUUGAGCACAUCAGUUACUCAGAAGGAGAGAAUACAAAGUGUGAAAGGAAAACUGGUCCAAACCCCACUGAGAUCACUGUGAAAUGGCCCAGCUGCAUCUUCCAUUCCUGAUGGAAUCUCAGUUUCUUUCAGGCUGUUCCACAAUAAGCCUAUUGCUGGGGCUCAGCAACGUGAAAUACAGAAGUAUUUUAGCCAUGAACAAGGAGCAUCUGUAGGGUCAGGAUUUUAAAAUCUGAAGCAUUCAGGCUUAGAGCAUGGAUUUGGAGAGGGAAGAGAUCAAAAUUGCACACUCUCCCUCUGUUUUCCCAUCCAAAGAAGCCCAGCUUUGCCCAAGUGGCAGAUGAAAUCACACCAUGGCACAAGUGCUGCCCUGCCUGCUGCUCUCUGUCUUGGGGUGCAAAGCUCCCCCAAGCACAAGCUCAGGGGAACAGCACCAACACCUCCUCCAGCCUGCACACUCUGAGGCAGCCUCCCAUGGGGGCAUGUGUGAUUUCCCUGCUCCUGGGACCAACAGCUUCAGCUGAGCUCCCUGGAGGUGCCUCUCCCUGUGGUGAGAUGGGUCUGUGCCAGCUCCCCCUCCUCAACACUGGUACAUCAGCUUAGGGAAGGCAGGUCAGGAGGGCAGUGGAAAUGCUGCUUUUGGAAGCUUUAGAACUUCCUCCAAAUUGCAAAGUGUACAUGAUCAGGAGAUGUCAUUUGCAGCCCUGGGCCCAGCCUGGCCCUGAGCUCAGCCUUCUCACCAGGACUGCUGAGAAGUGAUGCAGCAUUAUCAGGCAUUAGCAGAAUUCUCCCAUAUCCCCCAUGCUCCAAAUCCCUGCUUACCACAGCCUGUUGUCUCUAGUCUUCCCUUCAGACCACACAGAGGGCAUUGUAGGACUCUAAGAGCUAUCACAGAAAAGGAAAACUUUUGGAGAAGAGAAGACCUGAACACAAAAGGUCCUGGAUUUUGCACCUGGAUGCAAAAGGUCUUUUGCAGUUAAUCCAUAGCCUUGCCCUGCUCAAAAUUGCCAAGAGAAUCAAACAUUCGUGAAAAUAAAGCCUAAAACUCAGAAAACCCCCCAAAGUUCUUCAAAUAUACAAGGUCAAAUUCCCAGAAUCCUCCAAAAUUCGAUUUUCUGAAAGCUCCUGAGCCUGAUUGCCCUAUGGGCACAGUGCUGUGAAACUGUGAAACCAGAGCCAGGCACCAGCAGAGCCUCCCCCUCACACACAGAGCCCAUGGGACUCCCUGGUCUCCAACAAAUAGAAUCCCUCUGUAAACAUAAAACAAGCACACACCAUUAAAAAGCACAAAUUAAAACAAGGCCAGCCAGAUUUUACGCCAGUGUUUUUACCCUCAAAGCCUGUCCAAUAAAGCCAUCCAUUUACUGAAA